GAAGCCCCGCCGCAGUCUCACAGAUACUGCUUUAAUCAGACAACAUGGGACCGUUUGGCGUGUGUGCUGUUUCAACGUGACCUCUUUGGUGCUGUUCGGGUGUGAAGUGGACACCGCAGCCCUCUCGGGUCAAAACACAGCUCGGACAAAUCCCCCCCCCCAGGAGCCCCGCAGCUCUGCACCACGCCAUGGAUGACUCGGGGAUAAUACGGCGCCGUAGGCUGCAGAAGGAUUUGCCGCUGCCUCGCAAAAACAGCAGCUGUCGUACAAGCAACAGGAAGAGCCUGAUUCUGACCACCACCUCUCCGACGCUGCCUCGCCCACACUCCCCCCUGCCCCUCCCCGGACACCUCGGAAGCAGCCCUCUGGACAGCCCACGAAACUUCUCCCCCAGCAACCCGGCGCACUUCUCCUUUGUCUCUUCCAGAAGAGACGGGCGGCGAUGGUCGCUGGCAUCUUUGCCCUCUUCUGGAUAUGGCACGAACACGCCCAGCUCAACGUCCUCCAGCUCGUCUCAGGAGCGCCUGCACCAGCUGCCCUUCCAGCCCACCAUGGACGAGCUCCACUUCUUAUCCAAGCACUUUGGCAGCACUGAGAGCAUCACGGAUGACGACGGAGGCCGCUGCUCUCCCCACCUGCGCCCACGCUCCCGCAGUCUCAGCCCUGGACGCUCCUCAUCCUGCUAUGAUAAUGAGAUAGUCAUGAUGAACCAUGUGUGGAAGGAGCGUUUUCCUAAGGCCACAGCUCAGAUGGAGGGGAGGCUGGCUGAGUUCAUCCAAGCUUUCUCUCCUGAAAAUGUUCUUCCACUGGCUGACGGAGUCCUCAGCUUCAUCCACCACCAGAUCGCUGAGCUGUCUAGAGACUGCCUGGCCAAAGCCCGCGAGGGCCUCAUCACCUCCAUCUACUUCUUCGAGCUGCAGGGGAAUCUGGAGGAGCUGCUUCACAAUGCCUUUGAGCGUUCGGAGAGCGCUGAAGUCGCCUUUGUCACAGAGUUGGUGAAAAAGCUCCUCUUCAUCAUCUCCCGACCUGCCCGGCUGCUCGAGUGUCUGGAGUUUAACCCUGAGGAGUUUUACCAUUUACUGGAAGCAGCAGAGGACCACGCCAAGGAGGGUCACCUGAUGAAAACGGACAUUCCUCGAUACAUCAUCAGCCAGCUGGGGCUAACCAGGGACCCUAUUGAAGCAGAGAUGGUGAACCUCGACAGUUACGACAGCGAGGGACCGCUGACACCAGAAACAGACGACUCAACAGAGGGUAAGAUUAAAGCGAUGAAACCACCAGGAGAAGCAGACUUUCAGACCAUCAAGCUGAUCAGUAAUGGAGCAUACGGUGCUGUGUACCUGGUCCGGCAUCUGGAGACACGGCAGCGUUUUGCCAUGAAGAAGAUUAACAAGCAGAACCUGAUCCUGAGGAACCAGGUCCAGCAGGCCUUUGUAGAGAGAGACAUCCUCACCUUCGCUGAGAAUCCCUUUGUCGUCUCCAUGUUCUGCUCCUUCGAAACCCGUCGGCACCUCUGCAUGGUCAUGGAGUACGUAGAAGGAGGAGACUGUGCCACCCUGCUGAAGAACAUCGGGCCCCUGCCGGUGGAAAUGACACGCAUGUACUUUGCAGAGACUGUGCUAGCGCUGGAGUACUUGCACAACUAUGGCAUUGUGCACCGUGAUCUCAAGCCUGACAACCUCCUGAUUACCUCCAUGGGUCACAUCAAGCUGACUGACUUCGGCCUGUCGAGGAUGGGGCUCAUGAGUCUGACCACCAACCUCUAUGAAGGACACAUAGAGAAGGACACUCGGGAGUUCUUGGAUAAACAGGUGUGUGGAACUCCAGAGUACAUCGCCCCGGAGGUUAUUCUUCGCCAAGGUUACGGCAAGCCAGUGGACUGGUGGGCCAUGGGCAUCAUCCUGUACGAGUUCCUGGUGGGCUGUGUGCCUUUCUUUGGAGACACCCCAGAGGAGCUGUUCGGACAGGUCAUCACAGACGACAUAGUGUGGCCAGAGGGGGACGAGGCCUUGCCUGUCGACGCCCAGCAUCUGAUCUCCUCCCUCCUACAGAGGAACCCACUGGUUCGACUGGGCACAGGUGGUGCUUUUGAAGUGAAGCAGCACUCGUUCUUCACAGCGGUGGACUGGAACAGCCUGCUGAGACAGAAGGCGGAGUUCAUCCCUCACCUGGAGUCAGAGGAAGACACCAGUUACUUUGACACGCGCUCUGAGCGCUACCAUCACGUGCACUCGUAUGAUGAAGAUGAUACCAACGAUGAUGAGCCUGUGGAGAUACAUUGCUUCUCAUCCUGCUCCCCUCGCUUCAGCAAGGUGUACAGCAGCAUGGAGCAUCUGUCCCAGCUGGAGCACAAACCCCACACUGUGACUCUACGGGAGCACAAGGUCCCCAGGGAGGAUCGAGCAGCCAAGAGAGAAAGCCUGGGAAGUGUCACCCUCAGGGACAAGAGCUGGAGGACUGGGUCGCCUGAGAUGAAGCGCUUGUCCUACUCAGAGUCCUCCUUCACCGAGAGCGACUCCAGCCCACUGUCUGGGGCCCGAAGACGCUUCUCCGCCCUUAUGGAUACACGCUUGGCCUCCCCUCUGGAGGUUGACUCUGAGCCGCCAGUCUCCAGCAGGCAGCCUCCAGUGAAGGCAAGGGGAGCAUCCCUGGAAGGAGCCAUGUGCGCUGUCCUCCCUGGUGACCUGAGGACAUACCUUAAAGACAGCAACGGGCUCACACCUGGAGACAAGCUUCUGAGACCUGCUGCGGAUCCGUCGUUGCCUCUACCAGGCAGUGCUUCUGUUCUGGGGCUCCAGGACCCACAGGGUCCCCGUGGGGCUGCUACAGACCUGGUGCUAAGACGGGUUCGCCACCAGCAGCUCUCAGCUGAAGGAGAAAAACGCAGCUCACAACCAGGAACCAAAGUUAUCAAAUCAGCUUCUGCUACCGCACUGUCUGUCAUCAUUCCUACAGUGGAGCAACAUGGUGCCUCCCCUCUGGCGAGCCCCAUGUCUCCUCGCUCGGUGUCGUCCAACCCCUCCUCCCGGGACUCGUCUCCCAGCCGAGACUACGCUCCCACAGUCAACGUCCUGCAUUCGCCGGUCACCAUCCAUCGCUCCGGGAAGAAGUACGGCUUCACUCUGCGAGCCAUCCGAGUCUACAUGGGAGACAGUGAUGUCUACAGCGUACAUCACAUGGUCUGGCAUGUGGAGGAUGGAGGUCCUGCCCAGGAGGCUGGGCUUAAUGCUGGGGACCUCAUCACCCAUGUGAACGGGGAGUCAGUCCAUGGUCUGGUCCAUACAGAGGUGGUGGAGCUCAUCCUGAAGAGCGGAAACAAGGUAACGGUUACAACGACUCCUUUUGAGAAUACCUCUAUAAAAGUGGGUCCUGCCCGCAAGUCCAGCUAUAAAUGCAAGAUGGCGCGACGCAGCAAGAGGACAGGAACCAAGGAAGGACAAGACAAGAAGCGUAGCUCCCUCUUUAGAAAAAUCACCAAGCAGUCCAACCUGCUCCACACCAGCCGCAGCCUCUCGUCCUUAAAUCGCUCCCUGUCGUCUGGAGACAGUCUCCCGGGCUCCCCGACCCACAGCCUCUCCGCCCGCUCACCCACUCAGAGUUACCGCUCCACGCUGGAAUCCCCAUACCUGGGGACCUCCUCUCAGAGCAGCUCCCCAGCAUCCAGCACCCCCAACUCCCCAGCAGCCUCCCACCACAUGCGGCCCAGCUCGCUGCAUGGCCUGUCUCCCAAGCUUCACCGCCAGUACCGCUCUGCACGCUGCAAAUCUGCUGGCAACAUCCCGCUGUCGCCCCUGGCUCACACUCCCUCCCCGACCACCUCAUCUCCACCGCCUCUCACUGGUCACACUGUAGGGAGCUCCAACACCACGCAGAUGUUUCCUGCCAAGCUACAUUCCUCACCACCUGUCGCCCGCCCUCGUCCCAAGAGCGCUGAGCCACCCAGAUCCCCCCUGCUGCAGCGAGUGCAGUCGGCAGAGAAGCUAGGAGCACCAAUUCUGCCUUCCUCAUCAUCGUCCUCGUCGUCGCCUUCUCCUCUGACAGGUGGAGUGACGUUGCGCAAGCAUAGCCUGGAGGUGGCGCAUGGGGACUACAGGAGAGAGUCUUUCCACUGCGAGCACAGCCUGCAGAGUCUACUAGAGAUGGAGGGAGAGAAUGGACCUGCCCCACCAUCUCCUUCCUCAUCUUCCUCCCCCUCUCCACCCAUGGGAGGGGAGAUUGGAGGCCUGAAGCCUGUGAGGAGACUGGGAAGGCAGGAGUCACCGCUCAGCCGUGACACGGCGCUCACAGUAAAAGAGAAAGAUACCCAGACCACCGAGCCGCAAACUGAGAGCAUUGCUUCUGAAGCUGGCUCCAAGACCAGUGUUGUUGACACUAGUGAGACAUUAUCUGCUACCAAGGGUCUAAAGAGCAACACAGGUGCAGCCGCAGUGGAGAGCAGGCCUAGUCCAGCACUCGUUUCAUCAGCUACUGAGACCGAGCCCAGCCCUGGGGCCAAACCUCCUAAAGCAAGCACUUCUGAUGCAAAAGUUUCCAAGAGUAAUUCCAGUGAGAAACUCUCAGCUGCAGGAACAUUGAAGGCUCCUGAACAGCAAGACAGCAGGGAGCAGGGUGCACAGAUAGAUGGUGGAGCUGCAGCUAAAGCUCAGGAGACGACGGAGGAGAAAGUGAAAGGCCCUGCAGGUGCAGACAAAGACAGUGUGCAGAAAGCAUCAUCGGCAGAGCAGCCCAAGCUGCAUAAAGGCACAGAGACGGGAAAGAAAGCUUCCAUCAGUGGCAGUGAUAAAGCACCUGACACGGCCAAGGUCAAAGGACCUGCACCCCCAGUUCCAACCCAGGUUCAGACCCAGACUGCAAAUCAUUUCCCAGCUGCUGCCCGGUCGAAAGCAGAGAAGGUAUCCAGCAGCUACCGCGGUGCCAGGGAGGACAGGGUACACCUGGAGGUCCUGGAGGAGAAUCCCACAUCACCCUGCUCAAGCAAGUCUCGCCCCAUGUCUCCAGGGGAUAAGACCAGCUUUGUCACCCAGCUGACAAGUGUGGCCAAAACCGUGCUUGGGCCAAUGAAGGGGGGAUCACAGGAGGGGGCCAAGGUGAAAGACACCUCCAAGACAAGCGAAGAGAGGUGGGGACACGGAGCGGGAAAAGGGGAGGCUUCAUCUGGGGCCGGACGUCGGGGGGCUCAGACUGCACCCUCAGCCGGAACGCCUGAUAAAGCACCC